UAUUGUAAUAUUAUCGUAUGGCUCGUAUUGUUGUGACUUUCUAAUAAUAAUAGGAACAUAUAGUAGAUAUGUAUUUUAAUAUGUUCAUACAUAAUAUGGAUUUUUACCAAUUCAACAGAUAACGAGCGACAAGGUGUGUUUGCUCACGCCCAAAGCCGGUGUUAUCCCGCCGAUGAUGACCGUAUUGAUGAGUUUCCAGAGAGAAGUUUGGACGAUGACGGCAAUCACGUGCGUACUGGUUACUGUCAUAUAUUUCGCGGCUGCGGCGUUGGACACGCACAGGCCAGGUCCCACGGGAUGCGAUUUAGGGCUGGAAAUCUACAGAAUGUUCAUCGGUGCGCCGACCAAUCGAAUUUUCGCUUACUCUUGUCGCAGGAUAUUGACUUCGUUUUGUCUGUUUUUUACACUAGUCAUUUUGAACGCAUUCCAGGGAUCACUAGUGACGUUCUUGAGCACACCGAUGCACUAUCCCGAUGUCAAUACAUUUACCGAUCUGAAACAGUCGAAUUUGCCGAUUCGAACAUCUAGCAUCAGUUUCAAGGAAAUAUUGACCGGAGACCCUAACUUGAAAUCUCUAGCCUACCGAGUCGAGAAGUGGGAAAAAGAAGAAGACAUUCAUAAUUCCGACGGCAAGUUCGCUGGAUUUGAGCGCGUUAAUGUUUUCAAUUUGGAGCAUUUCAAAGACGUAUUAUUCAUCGCCAAUAGGAACAACACUCGCGUACUACACACGAUGAACGAGUGUUUGAUAUCGUACUUUAUAUCAUACGUAGUCCAUAGGAAUUCACCGUAUAAAAGAAGAAUAAAUAUCUUGCUGUCAUGGAUUGAUCAGGCUGGACUGGUACUCAAGUGGAACAGUGACGUUUCCAAGUAUAUAUUUAAUAAAUACAAGCCAAUCAAUCCCAAAGAUUACGAUACUUCGAAAGUUUUUUCUGUCAGAGAUCUUGAAAUAGCAUUCAUUGUUUUAUCGUUCGGAAUUAUCUUGAGCAUUACUGUAUUUAUUAUUGAAAUUAUGAUGAUGUACAUAGCACCGAAAAUGCGCACACCACACCCUCGUCAUCUCCCAUUCUUACAUUAAUACAUUGCCAUUAAUCAACAUUCAACGUAAUAUAAAUUAAUACUUUCUACUUUAAUACAUAAUAAAAAAAUGUUAAAAAUAUUUUUUUUUUAAAUAUUAUAUCAAUAUAAAAGUUACAGUCUAUA